AUGCAUCUGCCACAAAGACGGAGACUCAAUCGGAGUCGCAUCCUCUUCUUCCUCUCUGGUGUAUUACUGUGCUGCGUCUACACCGUGACGUUCAAGGCCCGGCUGCAGGAGCCGUGGGCGGCCCGGCAGGCCGCAGCAGAGGAGAACCCUGGGACAGCACUCCCAGAGGAAGGGGGCGGUAGUGAUCGCAGUAGUGUUCUGGAGGUAGACACACGAGAGGUGGUGACCUCUAACCCCUCGAGCAUAACAGAGAGCUAUAAUGAUGACGUCAUCACCAGGGCUCCUACUGUGCUGGAGGGGGAUGACGUCAUCGUGAUAACUGUCAACAGGACGGACAUUAAGCACUGUAUCUACGUAGAGGACCCCGAACCUGAGCCUCCGACUGAACCUCCUCCCACCUCCCCUCCUCCUAACACCACCACCUCCCCGGGUAUCCCUGGAGACGUCCCCCACAGGAAGGGAGAGUACCCAGAGGACCUGUUCACAGUGGACCAGAGGAGGCAGGGCUGGGUGACCCUCCACAUCCUGGGCAUGGUCUACAUGUUCGUCUCCCUCGCCAUCGUCUGCGACGAGUUCUUCGUCCCGGCGCUCGGCGUCAUCACCGUGAAGCUCGACAUCUCCGACGACGUCGCCGGGGCGACCUUCAUGGCUGCAGGAGGCUCCGCCCCCGAACUGUUCACCUCUCUGAUUGGCGUGUUCAUCUCCCAUAGCAACGUGGGCAUCGGGACCAUCGUGGGGUCAGCGGUGUUUAACAUCCUGUUUGUCAUCGGGAUGUGUGCCAUCUUCUCCAGGGAGAUGCUCCACCUCACCUGGUGGCCCCUGUUCAGAGACGUCUCCUUCUACAUCAUAGAUCUCAUCAUGCUGAUCGUGUUCUUCUUGGACAACACCAUCAUGUGGUGGGAGAGUGUAAUGCUGGUGUCGGGUUACGUGGCCUACGUCUGCUUCAUGAAGUUCAACGUGCAGAUCGAACACUUCGUCAAGACGCAGAUCAACAAACACAAGAGCAUCGUCAAGAUCAUCAUGCCAGAGGAGGAGGAGGAGAAGGAACCCAAGAAGCAGAACAGUGGACCGCCACCACCUGGUCCACCUCAAAACAAUGUUUCACCAGAACCCAAACCACAACCUCAAGACUCACCCCAGAAGAGAGACAGAGAAAAACUGAAGGUGAAGCCCACUCUCCAGAGAGGAGGCAGUAAUGCGUCUCUCCACAACAGCACCAACAGAAACACCAUCUUCCAGCUGAUGAUCCACACACUGGACCCACUGGGAGAAGAGACAGGCUUUAGCAGAGAUGUUAGAGGCCCUGGUCAGAGGAGAGUUAGACAAGAAACAACAACCUUUAAUGGGGAGGUCAGGACGGAGGUGUCGGCGCAGGGGAAAGACCAACUCCAAUUCACAUACCGCCCCAACAGAUCCACAGAUGAAGCUAUCUAUAUUGCGAUCCACACUGUCCUCUCCCACCUGGACAAGAGGAUCACCUAUUUAAGAAUGCUGUUCAUUGACUACAGCUCAACAUUCAACACCAUAGUGCCCUCCAAGCUCAUCACUAAACUCAGGAUCCUCGGACUGAACACCUCCCUCUGCAACUUGAUCCUGGACUUCCUGACGGGCUGCCCCCCCCCCCCCAGGUGA